AUGGCCCUAGCCUUACCUGCAGCAGGUCAACCUUUAAGGAAUUCAUUGGCGGCGAGAAUCAAUGCAGUGCCGAGGUGCAUUAUAUAUCCAGAUGUGGAAGAUGGGACAUCCUUUGAAAUCAAACCUCACAUCCUCAACAUAUUGCCCUCCUUUCAUGGGUUGCCAAACAGUGAUCCCAACAUGCAUUUGGUUGAUUUUAUUGAGGCAUGUGACAACACCAUAAUCAGAGGUUUCUCUUCUGAAGCUAUCAAGUUACGUUUGUUCCCGUUCUCUUUGAAGGACAAAGCCAAGGCAUGGCUGCAUUCUCUGCCUGCCAAUAGCAUUACAACAUGGAUAGAAUUGCAAGACAAAUUUCUCAAUAAGUUUUUUCCUUCUUCCAAGACGCUUGCACUCAAGAAAGAGAUAUUGGCUUUCGCUCAAAAGCCGAACGAGUCUUUCCAUGAAGCUUGGGAACGGUAUAAUGAGAUGUACACAAAAUGUCCUCAUGCUGGGUUUGAUUCUAACCUUCAAAUGAACAUAUUUUAUGAUGGUCUCAAUGCCACCACCAAGAGUCACGUGAAUGCAUCUGCUGGAGGGUCAUUAAUGUCAAAAUCAGCAAGGGAAGCAUUUGAGUUGUUUGAUAUGAUGGCUUCUGAAUCCCAACAAUGGACAGAAGAACAAACACAAAAGAGGGGAGUUUUUGAGAUUUCUCACAGUUAUCCUAAUGUUUCAGCUCAAAUUGCUAAAAUGGAAAAUAAUUUUAAUGCCAAAUUUGCUGCCUUAAUGCAGGUAUCUUCCAUGCCCAAUGCCCAAGAAGCGUGCAUCAUUUGUAGUGCAACAACUCAUGACAUCACUCAAUGCCCCAACAAGGAUAGCUAUCCUGAGCUUGUGCAAGAGCAUGUGAAUAUGGUGAAUAAUUUCACUAGACCCAGAAGUGACCCUUAUUCCAAUACAUAUAAUCCUGGGUGGAAGAACCAUCCCAAUCUCAGUUGGGGUGGCAACCAACAGCCACGUCAAUACCAACAGUCUUACCAAUCAACUAGUGAGACUAAGAAACCAUCUCUUGAAGACCAAAUGUCACAGCUAGCUCAACAUAUGUCCGCUCUCUCUACUAGCACCAACAGUUUUGUCCAAUCCACACAAACUAGCAUUCAGAAUCUCACGGCAUCAGUGGGGAAUUUGGAGACUCAAGUUGGACAACUUGCUACCAUGUUCAAUGAAAGAGAGAAAGGAAAGUUUCCAAGCCAAUCUGAGCAAAAUCCAAGAGGGAUGGAGCAUUGCAAAGUAAUACGGACAUUGAAAAGUGGCAAGAGCUAUGACAACAGAGAAGUGGAGCACCAUGAAGCCGAAGUGGAAGAAGAAGAGCUUACUGAAAGUGCACCAUUAGCUGCAAAGUCUCGGUCAGAGGCUAUUUCUGAAGCAAGUAUUCCAGAUCCUAGUGCAAGUGACAAUGUGCAAUCUCGACGCAACUCUGAUGCAAACAAGGAAAAAGGCCUUGGUAUUUUAUUUGCACCUUCUGACAAGCCACCAUACAAGCCACCUUUGCCAUUUCCACAAAGGCAGCAACAAUGUUCCAAGGAUCAACAAUGCAUUGAAUUCAUGAAGACGUUGGCUAAGGUUCAAAUUAAUUUGCCUCUAUUAGAUGCUAUUAAACAGAUCCCAUCAUAUGCCAAAUUUCUGAAGGAGCUAUGUUCUAAAAAGAAAAAGUUCUUGGAAUACGAGAAGGUGAAGGAGAACUCAAGCCCACAUCUGUGA